UCCGGGAAGCUUGAGGCCGAAUCGAAAUCCACGCGCAGCGCGCGACCUCCCGGUAGUGCGUCCCUACAACCCCAGAUGGCGACAGCGGACACCUCACUGCGUUCACGGCGGCUCGUCUGUGCCUAGCUCUCUCCCCUCCAAGUGCCGUCGAUCAAGAGGCUGAGAAAACUGAAGCACCCUCAGAACCUUCGCUGGUCUCGCCCUCGCGCUCUGUCUGCCAACAACCAAUCGCAGCGCAGCCUGACCGUGACGUCACGCGUCCCCUUUCUAGUUUUACUUGUCCCCGCGGCAGGUAGUACGCAGAACUCGCAUUGGCUGCACCUCCGCUGCCAGCGGCGCGCCAGGUGGAACGGAGCAGAGGAGCUGUGGCUGGCUGAACUUCGCACGCUUCGUUUGUUUGUACCAGUUGGCUUGGCGCGCAAAAAGCCGGUUUCCACACACGCAACCUCGCCCAACAGCGGCGGCCCGGCAGGAGCGUUUUCCUAUCCCCGGCCCCCGAAGCCUGGUGCUUUGCUACGGGACGUGUGUUCGUUUCGUACGCCGCACGGAAAAAAGUUCAUCCCUUGGAUUGCGACUCCUGCAAGCGUCCCAACUUACGCUCGCGUCCACGCAGAGGAGUGCUUCCCAGCGACUGCAGCAGGUGGUGCGUCUCUGUUUACUGUUGAGGCGGCUGUCAUCGUUGUCGUCCUGGGCUGCCGGGUGAGGGGAACCGACGCUGCUGCUACCUUCUCCCGAGACGGAAAAAGUGCUGUUCUUUGCGUCUGCCCGGUGCUAGGCCUCGUCGUGUGCAUCUUGCUGGAAAGGACGCCUCCAACACGGGCCGUCUAGUGCGAUGUGAUAGGCGACCCCUCGGAGCCUCCUCGUAUCACCGAGCAACCACGCUGUUCGCCGACCCGUCAACAACGGCCGCCAUGUCUUCGUCGUGGCCGCCAAUGUUCAACAAGUUCUGGAACAAAAAGUCCGUGACCAUCACGGAAUACGACCCCACGUACAAAGUCGUCUACCUGGGCAAUGUCCUGACGCCUUGGGCUAAGGGAGAGGGCUGCGUGGACAAACCCUUGGCCACGCUGUGGAAGAACUACUGCACGAACGUCAAACAAGACAUCCACAUGAAGCUAACCGUGUGCAACUCGGGCCUCAAGGCUGUCACCAAAGAACACGGCCUGACAGAGUACUGGGCAAGUCGGAUUACCCACUGCACGUCUGUGUCUUCCUACCCCAAGGUCUUUUGUUGGAUCUACAGGCACGAGGGCCGCAAGAUGAAGCAGGAACUGAGAUGUCACGCUGUCCUCUGCGCCAAGGAGGACAUUGCACGGCAGAUGACGGCCCAGCUGAACCACAAGCUCGCUUCUGCGCUGCAAGAGUUUAAGCGCGAGAAGUUGAGUAGGCAGAAGGCCAGACUGUCCCUGGGAAGCAUCUACGAACAGCCGGCCAUGCCCAGGAGAAAAGUCCUGCUGAGCACGGGCACCAGCAACUUCAGGGCGCCGCUUGAGAGGUCCAGGAGCGCGCCCCGGCUCACGUCCAUCGAAGAGGACGAAGAAGACGACGACUUCGGCGACGAAGACGACUUCAUCACGACGGGGUCGGAGCACGAGUCGACGUCGGACAUUGUGACGGACGCAGACUUGGACUCCUUGUCAGACCAGUUCCUAGGGGUGGGUGUUCGAGAAACGGACUCAAUGGACUCGGACUCCGUGGACGACAUGCCCAAUCCUCAGCUACGGCGAAGGCCGCUCAAUUCCAUCGACGAAACCGUAGACGAGGAGUCGGACAACGUGUCGGAUGAGUCCGGCUACUCGGAAGAGAAGAUUUGAAGAGUUCAGGGAGACGUCGUCGUCUACCUUUUCGUUCGAGAAACAGAUAUAUUUCCUCAGGAACUUGUACAUAGGAAGAAGAUUUUUGUCGUAUGCCUGGACUGGAUGUGUUCAUGUGUGUGCUAGUGCGUGAGUGCGAACGUAGGACGUGCUAGUUCUCGUAUGCGAGGCGAUGCUGCUGCGGUGAGAUUUCUUUCCCCCUGACUUCCACUUCGCGACCACCUCUUUGUAAGUAAAGUUUACCCCCAACCUUUACCGAACUGGAAGGCAGGCUUUCUUGUGUUCGGUAUUCCCCAUUUCUAGACUGAUCUUUUUGCACAGGUCGCGAUGUAAACGGACAUGUCUGAAUCUCACUACAGCUCCUGUUUGUGGACAUUUACCCCAAGUCACAUCGGGGAAAUCGGUUUCCUACAAAGUCAAGUUUGAUUACGCAAGAUGUGAUGCUAGAACAAAAACAAAUAUCACUCGAGGGAAGUGGAGAACCGCCGCAGGAUUUGACCCCGAAACGGGAAGUGUACAAAGUAUGAUGAAAAUUAAAAAGAGUCAAAGUGUACCUGUUCUGUACGGGACCUCAUUACGAAA